AUGGAGCAGGGUGCCUUUAACGAUGUCGCCAAGAAGGCGCUAGAGUUCCGCAACCGGUACUACAAGAUGCUUGACGAUUCGCAGGACCGCCUGAACGUGGCAGGUCUUUACGCCCCCGAUGUGCCCAUGGUGUGCGAGUGGAACGGGCACCCGCUCUCCACGGUGGAUGACGUGCGCAACUACAUCAGUGCUCUGCCGAAGACGUCGCACCAGGUCGACAUGGUGGACGCGCAGCCGCUGCCCGACAACCAAGACGGCGAUUCCUUUCUACUCACUGUCCACGGCAUCGUCACAUACAACGACGAGCACCGCCGAGAGUUUUACCAGCGCAUGGUCAUCCGUCGCUUCGAGCAGCGCUACUACAUUCUGAACGACUACUACCGCUGGCUGAGCGAGCGCUCGCAGUGA